AUGGGCUAUCAAAAUUCAGCUUCUGCUGUUACAAUUGCAUUUGAAGAAGUUAAAAAAGAAUAUUCUAUACUUGAUCAAGUUAAUAUAACAUUUCAUUGGGCAUAUAGUGAAUGUGACUCUUCUGAGAUAUCAGGAAAGAUAUAUGAAUUAAUUAAAAAAAAUAAAAUUGAUGUUUUAUUUGGUCCACCAUGUAGAAAAGCAAUAGAUAUAGUUUCAUCAAUCUCUACAUACUAUAAUCUUUUAACAUUAUUUUGGGGUAAUACUUUUAUGGAAAUUAAAGAUAUAUUAAAUGAAAAAAAAAUAAUAGGAAAUGUUAUGGGUACAUAUUUAGACAUGAAUAAUUGUUUAGCUAAUAUUUUAUUAAAAUUUGAAUGGACAACUGUUUCUGUUAUUUAUCAAUCAUCAGCUAAUAAUUUAGAAGUUUGUGGAAAGUAUAGUAAAAGUUUUCAAAAUGAUUUUACUUCAUAUUAUGGUAAUAUAUUAAUUGCAUAUCGUAAAAAAAUUUCAUCUACUGAUGAGGUAGAAUUAAAUAAGAUUGCUAGAAAUAUAAAACUUGUAUCACGUAUUAUUAUAAUGUGUUUUGAUGAUAAAGAAAAGGAAAAAAAAAUGAUGUUACAAUUUUAUAAUAAUAAUAUGAAUAAUCAAGAUUAUGUUUACAUUAAUGUGGAUUGUAGUAUGAAUCCAUUAAUAAAUUUUAAAAAUCAAAAAUCAACAAAUAUUACUGAAAUGGAAAUUAAAGAAAAUGAAACAAAAGUAAUAUCAAUGUAUAGAUGGAUGUAUUAUUUUCAAUUUUCACUUGAUGAUAAAAGAAAUGAUUUACUUAAUAGUGUAAGAAAAAUGAUACCUAUUUAUAUGAAAAAAAGUCCUUUUAAUUGUGGAAAUGAAUGUGAUAUAUAUAAUAUAUCAAGUAUAUAUUCUCCAUAUUUAUUUGAUGCUUCAUUUAUAUAUUUUACAGCAAUUGGUGAAAUAUUAUCAAAAAAUAAAAUAGAUAAUUUUACUAAUAUGUUACAUGUAGAUGUUGUAAAAAAAAUUCCUGGCAAAUAUUUAGGAACUACUGGAUCAUUUACAAUUAAUGAAAAUUUAAUUAGAGAAACUAAAGUUGUUUUUAGUAUGUAUGAUUCUCAAAAAAAUGAUAUAAUGCCAUUAAUUAAAGCAACAAAAAUUUUGGAUUUUUUAUAUACUGAUCCAGCAUCAACAAUAUGGUUAUAUAGAAAUGGUAAAAAACCUUUAAAUUAUCCUGUAUGUGGAUAUUCUGGAAAUUUAUGUUCACCAACAUUUAUAAAAUCCAAUCCAUUUCUUUUUGCUGGUAUUAUUAUUGGUUGUAUAAUAAUAAUAAUAAUAAUUCUAGGAAGUAUUUUAUAUAGAUGUCAUUCAAAAUAUAAACAUGAAAAUAUACAUAAUUUAAUAUGGAAAAUAGAUAUACAUGAUAUUAAAAAAUAUUCAGAUCAUACAACAUCAUCAUCAUCAAAUGAAAGACAAUCUAAAGUUUCAUUAAUAUCAUCAUUAUGUUCAAAUGAAAAAACAAAUUUUCCAAUUUUAGAAGAAAGAAGUCAUACUCUUUAUGUAUAUAAAAAAAAAAUUAUUGUUGGUACAAAACAUAAUGUAUCACCUAUACUUAAUAAAAAAAAUAAACUUGAAUUAAGAAAUAUGAAAAUUUUAUAUCAUGAAAAUUUAAAUAAAUUUAUUGGAUUUUAUUAUUCACCAACUUAUUGUAUAUCAUUUUGGAGAUAUUGUUCAAGAUUAAGUUUAGUUGAUAUAUUUGAAUCAGAUCAUUUAAAAAAUAUAGUUGAUAAUUUUUUUAUUUAUUCAUUAAUUAAAGAUGCUAUUGAUGGUAUGGAUGCUAUUCAUAAAAGUCAAAUAAAAGUACAUGGAAAUUUAACAUUAAAAAAUUGUCUUGUAGAUGAAAGAUGGAAAUUAAAAUUAUCAGAUUUUGGUAUAGGAUUUGUAAGAAGUUUAGAAUUAAAUGAUAAUAAACAUUUAUUAUGGACAGCACCAGAAUUAUUAAAAGGAGAAAUUCUUGAACCAAAUCAAAAAUCAGAUAUAUAUUCUUUGGCAAUUGUAAUGGUUGAUAUAAUGAAUAAUAAUAUAUCUUAUAUUAAUUCAAAUAGUAUAACUGGAGUUGAUGAAGUUAUAUAUAUGUUAAAAAAUAAAAAAAAUAAUAUUUUUAGACCAGAUAUAAAUCCUGUUGUUGAAAAUAUUCCUACAAGCGUGUUUCAUUUAAUAGAAAAUAUGUGGUCACAAGAUCCAAAUUCUCGUCCUCCAGUUGAGGUUGCCAAAAAAUUAAUAAAAAAUAUGAAUCCUAGUAAAAGUACUAAUCUUAUGGAUCAUAUAUUUAAUGUUUUAGAAAAUAAUGCUUUAAUUCUUGAAGAAGAUGUAAAUGCAAGAACUGAAGAAUUAAUUGAAGAAAAAAAGAAAGCAGAUUUAUUGUUAUCAAGAAUGUUACCUAAACAAGUUGUUGAAAAAUUAAAAUUAGGUCAACCUAUACAACCAGAAAAUUUUGACUUGGUAACAAUAUUUUUUUCAGAUAUUGUUUCAUUUACAGUUAUUGCAAGUAAAUGUACACCACUUCAAAUAGUUGAUUUAUUAAAUAAUUUAUAUACACUUUUUGAUUCAACUAUUAGUAAUCAUGAUGUAUAUAAAGUUGAAACAAUUGGUGAUGGUUAUAUGUGUGUUUCAGGAUUACCAAAAAGAAAUGGUGAUUUACAUGUUAAAGAAAUUUCAUGUUUAUCUAUUGAUUUAGUUAAAAAAAUGCCAGAAUUUGAUGUAUCAUAUUUACCAAAAGGUACUGUUAAAGUACGUAUAGGAAUACAUUCUGGAAGUUGUAUAGCAGGUGUUGUUGGUUUAACAAUGCCAAAAUAUUGUAUUUUUGGUGAUAGUGUUAAUAUAGCUAGUAAAAUUGAAAGUAAUGGUAAAGCUAAUCAUAUACAUAUAUCUGAUAAAUCUCAAUUUUUAUUAACAAAAAAAAUAGGUGGUUUUGUAACAAAAUAUCGAGGUGAAAUUAUAAUUAAAGGAUCAGGAACAAUGGAAACAUAUUGGUUACUUGGAACAGAAGAUGAAAUUAUUUAUACUCCAGAUGAUUAA